AUGUGGUUGAUCAUGCGUCGUAAACUUUUGACUCAAGACAUUAUUCUUCAGUGGGAUUUGUCCAGGAGGAAAAAUAUGAACAUGAUGUGCUGCCUUCUUUGCUACGAAAAUGUUGAUUCACACGAGCAUCUUUUCUUUGAAUGUAGUUUCUCGUCUAAAGUUUGGCUCAUGGUUCGUGAGAAGGCUGGUAUGGCUAAUGUGGAUCAGAAGUGGAGUUCGAUCGUUAGUUGGCUCAAGGCUAGAGGGAGAUCGAAGACUGCGGCUCACUUUGUUAGCAAACUCGUGGUUGGAGCAACGGCUUAUGUGAUUUGGCAAGAGCGUAAUGCGAGGUUAUUCAGGAAUCAAACUAGACCACCGGACACGAUACGAGACACGAUUUUUAAAACUAUCCGAUACAAACUAAUGGGGGUUAAGUUUAGGCAAUGUUCGAAUGUUGCUAGAUUGCGAGGCGCUUGGGGGAUUGGUGAAGAAACCGUGAGCGACGAUGGAGGCUAG